CUUGAACUUCAGCCACAUCCAGCCACACCUGUCCAGCCAACUUGUCGCCGCGCUCAAUCACCAACCAUCCUUGCAAUGUCUGCUCCCGCGUCAAAAGCGCCUCUACCACUAGACGAUUACAGGCGGUAUGGCAGGCAGAUGAUUCUCAAUGGCAUCGGUCUCCCCGUAGGUGCAGGAGGACUCGGAUGCCCUGCUCUGCAAUACCUCGCGGCGCGGGCCACCUGCGCACUGAUAGGGACCAUCGGCGUAAUAGACCACGAUUCCGUUGAACUUUCUAACCUACAGCGCCAGGUUCUUCACACUGAAGCGCGAGUGGGUACACCGAAAGCCUUGUCUGCAGCGAAUGCCAUCAAGCAAAUAAAUUCUCGCAUCAAUGUCACACCUAUAGUAGAGGCUUUGACGUCUGAAAACGCGCUGGCGCUCCUCGCGCCCUAUGACAUAAUUCUGGAUUGCACGGACAACCUGCCCACGCGCUAUUUACUCUCUGACACAGCCGUUCGUCUCGGAAAGCCGUUGGUGAGCGGUGCAGCGCAACAGUUUGACGGACAGCUUUGCGUCUACAAUCUACCUUUGUCGGAUACGGGUCAAGAACGAGGCCCCUGCUUCCGAUGUCUCUUCCCGAAGCCACCCGCGCCAGAGAAUGCUGGGAGCUGCGAGGAGCUCGGUGUUCUCGGUGCGGUGACAGGCGUCAUCGGCGUCCUACAAGCCACAGAGACCAUCAAGAUCAUAACCGGAUUGCACGAUCGUAGACCAACCAUGUUGAUGUACUCUGCCCUAACUACUCCGUCUUUCCGCUCGAUCAAGCUACGCACCCGGCGUCCUACCUGUCCUGCCUGCGGGACGGUGCCUGAGAGAGAACGUGUGGAGAAGAUCAACGACACCGACUACGUUGCAUUCUGCGGAGGACCACGGCCAGACUGGGUGGCACGCGGUGUGGAAGGCGCGGACGAUGGAAUAAAGAGAAUACGUGCGACGGAAUUGCAUGAAGCGCUGAACUCCUCGGGAAGGCAAGUCAAAGUCGUCGACGUCAGGCCACCGACCGAGUUCGGGAUAUGCCACCUGCCAGGAUCAUUCAAUAAAUUCAUUUUUGCCGGCCGCCCAGACGCGCCUCCGAUUUCCGAUGGAGACGGACAAGACGGUCUCACGGAAACCUACGUCGUCUGCCGCCUUGGCAAUGACUCUCAGAUCGCCGCUGAUGCACUGCGCGCUGAAACCACACAUGGCGUGGUGAAAGAUCUGGUGGGGGGACUGAGGGCGUGGGCGGCGGAUGUAGAUCCUGACUUCCCGGUUUACUGAGCAGACGGGCGUAGUUAUGUUGCGCGUUCAGCAUGAAUGAGCAAGGUACAUCUGGCCACGCGGUUGUGCUGAUAUAGACGGCCGUUCCAGCGAACACUGGUAAGGACAGAAUGGAGAUUCAGGGGAGGGCAGUAAGGUGGGCGUUACAUCCAUAAAUCUCAGCUGAGCAUCGGUACUGCAUCAGAGCCAGGACAGAUGUGACUGCACAUGGCAGUCACCUGUAUAACACGGAGAAUCUUUCGCCGGGUAACCCAGACCGUGCAAUUUACGACCACGCAGUUUCUUUUUGCAUUACUUUACGUAUUGUCCACCCACUGGCAUUGCGGACCUUUCUGUCACGGUAUGACUGGCUCUGCGCAUCUCGCUGUCGAAUCAAACAGGUAGGCGAAUGAGAUACGACCGUGCAGGCUUGUGCCAAAUCGACUUCUACG